AUGAGGAGAAGCACGAAUGACACAGAUUGCCAGGACGAGAGCCUGCGCAAGACCAUUUCACCAAAGGAGGACUGGAGGACAGGACGGCUGGAUAGCUCGAAGGCUGGAGGGCUGAGGGCUGGAGGGCUGGAGGCUGGAGGGCUGGAGGCCUGGAGGCUGGAGGGCUGGAGAGGGCUGGCGCUGGCGGGCUGGAGGGCUGGAGGGCUGGAGGGCGGAGUGCUGGAGAGGGCUGGCGCUGGCGCUGGAGGGCUGGAGGGCUGGAGGUUUGGAGGGCUGGAGGGCUGCAGUCAGUCUGCAGGGCUGGAGGGGCUGGAGGGCUGGCGGGCUGGAGGGCUGGAGGCCUGCAGGGCUGGAGGCUGGAGGGCUGGAGGGCUGGAGGUUUGGAGGCUGGAGCGCUGCAGUCAGUCUGGAGGGUUGGGCAAGCUGGAGGGCUGGAGGCUGGAGGGCUGGAGGGGGCUGGAGGGCUGGAGGCCUGAAGGGCUGGGGGGCUGCUGUGUGGGGCUGGAGGGCUGCGGUCUAGAGGCUGGCUGGAGGGUGGAGGGCUGGAGGGGGCUGGCGCUGGCGGGCUGGAGAGCUGGAGGUUUGGAGGGGCUGGAGCUGGAAGGGCUCGGGUUGGAAGGUUGGAAGAAGGACGAGAGCCUGCGCAAGACCAUUUCACCAAAGGAGGACUGGAG